AUGGUCCGCAAAACCUCCUCUGGGUUUUUCACAUCCAUCCAUGAAGAUCUCCCUCUACAUGUGUCGCGGGGCUAUGACCGCAUCGUUCAGCACACAGCAUAUCCUCCAACGUCACCAGCUGUCGGUCCGGCGAAGACAUUCUCGCCAGAGAAAUACACGCAGCCCUACCUUGAUUUUAUGACCAACAACCCUACCAUCUUUCACGCUGUUACUGCAUUCACCACGCAGUUGGAAAAGGCAGGAUACGUUUACCUAUCUGAGAGGACACAAUGGAAGAUCCAACCAGGGGGCAAAUACUACACAAAACGCAAUGGCAGCGCAUUCAUUGCGUUUGCAGUAGGGAAGGAUUAUAAACCUGGAAACGGCGUUGCGAUAGUUGCUGGACAUAUCGAUGCUCUCACAGCGAAGCUGAAGCCUGUCCCAAAGCUGGCCACCAAAGCCGGAUAUGUUCAACUGGGAGUAGCUCCCUAUGCCGGAGGAUUGAACUCGACCUGGUGGGAUCGCGACCUUGGAAUAGGUGGCAAGGUUCUCGUGAAAACCAGGGCCGGGAAAAUCGAAGAGCAGCUCGUGAAGCUGGAUUGGCCCAUCGCACGAAUCCCGACUCUCGCACCACAUUUUGGCGCUGCUGCUCAAGGCCCAUUCAAUCUGGAGACCAAUAUGGUUCCCAUUAUUGGAUUAGACAACUCAGACAUCACCGGAAAGCAGCAACGCACCUUGAACCUACCGGCGGGGACCUUCGUUUCAACUCAGCCGGAGAGGCUGGUACGAGCAAUUGCGGGCGAGCUAGGAAUUGAAGAUUACUCAUCCAUUGUCAACUGGGAGCUUGAGCUAUUCGAUAUCCAGCCAGCGCAGCUCGGUGGAUUAGACAAGGAGUUCAUCUUCGCCGGCAGGAUUGACGACAAGUUGUGCUGCUUUGCGGCCGUCGAAGGUCUACUGGCCUCGUCGGAUGAUGCGUCCCCGAGCAUCAUCAAGAUGGUGGGAUGCUUUGAUGACGAAGAGAUCGGAAGUUACCUCCGGCAAGGUGCUCGGAGCAACUUCAUUUCGAGUGUGAUCGAGAGGAUAUCCGAAGCUUCGUCCGACCAUUUUGGCCCUAACCUUCUCAGCCAGACACUGGCAAAUUCGUUCCUGGUCUCAUCCGAUGUCAUUCACGCCGUCAAUCCGAACUUUCUCGGAGCCUACCUCGAAAACCAUUCGCCCAGGCUGAAUGUGGGUGUGUCAGUGUCGGCGGACAGCAAUGGACACAUGACCUCAGAUUCAGUGUCUACAGCGCUGCUGUCUCGAAUCGCGGAAAAGUGUGGUAGCACACUGCAGGUAUUCCAGAUACGCAACGACAGCCGCAGUGGUGGAACCAUUGGGCCGAUGACAAGCUCCAAGCUGGGUUGCCGUGCGAUCGAUUGUGGAAUUCCUCAACUGAGCAUGCAUUCUAUCCGAGCCACGACCGGAUCACUCGAUCCCGGUCUUGGUGUGAAACUGUACAAGGGCUUCUUCGAUUACUACGAGGAAGUGGACGCAGAAUUUGAGUAA